UAGCGUAUUUGUGGCAAUACGAAAACGACAAAAAGAGUAGAUUAUUUUACGUAAUUUUAUAUGUUGGCGGUAAAACAGCUGAUUUGAAUGGUAGACAUCUGGCGGUGGCUAGUGGACUCUCCAGCACGCAAGAAAGAAAGAACUCUAGAGAGGGGGAAACAGAAAGAGAAAAGCGAGUGGGCUACACGGGCGCAGUCUCGCGGCAGAUUUCCAUACGAGGGAAAGAUCAAUGGGCGGUCAGAGAGUAAGAUGGCGGACUGCGAGUCGGAGGUGCAGUGCUUGCCAGCCGCGAACGAGGACGUAACGAGAAACGCAAGCGUGACGAUGAUCACCAACGGACGCGUGCCUCAGCACCCGGUGAACCAAACGAAUCCGAUCAGACAGGGGCCAAGACGCGUCACCAUUUACAAAACAGAGACUGGUUUCGGGUUCAAUGUACGCGGUCAGGUCAGCGAGGGUGGACAACUAAGAAGCAUCAACGGUGAAUUGUACGCGCCGCUUCAACAUGUCAGCGCCGUGUUACCUCGAGGCGCUGCCGAAAAAGCCGGUGUACGAAAAGGCGAUCGUAUCUUAGAAGUGAACAGCGUGAACGUGGAGGGGGCCACCCACAAGCAAGUGGUGGAUUUGAUCAAGUCCGGUGGCGACGUACUAACGUUGACUGUUAUCUCCGUCACACCACAGGAAGCAGAGAAGCUGGAACCAUUUGAGGAUUUAAGUUAUGCAUCGGUGGACUACAGCGAGAAGCGAUCUCUACCUAUCAGCGUGCCGGAUUAUCAUGUCCGCGAGAGGAAGCACGAGCGUUAUGUGGUUUUCAACGUUCACAUGGCAGGCAGGCAUCUGUGCUCGCGACGUUAUCGCGAAUUCGCCGCUCUGCAUAUGGCACUGAAGAAGGAAUUUAUCGGCUUCAACUUCCCUAAGCUGCCGGGAAAAUGGCCAUUCCAAUUGAGCGAGCUUCAACUGGACGCAAGGCGACGCGGAUUAGAACAAUACUUGGAGAAGGUUUGUGCGGUGCGUGUAAUUGCUGAAAGCGAUAUCAUGCAAGAAUUCUUGGCUGAUAGACUCGAAGAGGACGGGGAUCAAGGUCCAGCGGUUGAUUUGAAAGUAUUGUUGCCGGACCGCGAAGUUGUUACCGUUACGGUCGCUAAGGCUGCCUCUGUCAGCGACGUGUACGACGCAGUUUGCAGUAGAGUGGGUCUAGACGCAGAAACAGCGAAAUACUUUUAUCUCUUCGAGAUUGUCGAAUACAAUUUCGAAAGGAAAUUGCAACCUCACGAGCAUCCUCACACACUGUACGUUCAAAAUUAUUCGACCGCCAGCGUGACGUGUUUAGCAAUAAGAAGGUGGCUUUUCAAUGUAAAUAGACCACUGAGCGAGCAGGCGUUAACCUGGAUCUUCUGGCAGACGGUGGACGAAGUUAACAGGGGACACAUUACCGCCGGUGAAAGAUUGUACCAGUUGAAAGCAUUGCAAGAUGCAUCGAGGAAACACGAGUACCUAAAACUAGCGAAAGAAUUGAGCGGUUACGGCGACAUAGUGUUCCCUCAUUGCGCGUGCGACUCGCGGAAGGAAGGACACGUUGUUCCCGCCGUUGGCGCGCCGGCGUUCAAGCUACACGCGGCGAAGGAAGAUGGCACUUUGGAAUCUCAAGUUGUUGAAUUUCAAUGGAACAUCAUCACACGAUGGGAGGUAGACGAGGAAGGAAUGGCGUUCUGCUUUCAGUACACGCGUCAAGACAACCGUCCACCACGUUGGCUCAAGCUUUUCACACCUUAUUACACGUUCCUGUCAGAUUGUUUCGAUCGAAUAGCCGAAGAAGCGAAAUGGGACGAUCCAGGCGAAUGAGGCAACGCUCUGCAUUAAAAGUCAUGUGUAUGGUGCAUAAUAGCAAAGGUAUCGUUUCAUCGGACACACAUUUCACUUAUCUUUGUAGCAAGAACUUUUUGAUUAGGAUUACUUUUCUAAGGCGAUUCGGAAACUAAUAAGACACACACAUAUCGGACUCUUGCUUUCGAGAUUAGCUUCGCAGUAUCAUUAAACGCAGUGCAUACAUUACGUAUCAUUGUACACUUCUUUUAUGGUGUUUCAAAUACGAAAUGCGCUGCUCGAUAAAUUAAUACUUCUCGUUUUUUCUUGUUCUAAACGGUAUAACAAACAUCAACAUCUAGACAUCUAAUAACGAUAAUUCUAUCGUAGAUUGCGGUACUUUAGUUCAGGAGGAGAAAAAAAAAAAAUAACUAGGCGAUCGCGUUUACUUUUUGUGUAAGAUAUUGUUGCUACUUCGUGCUAAAACACCAGACACUAGAUGAACCUAUUUUUUGGCCUAUCAUUCACCGGUGUAACAACGUGUAUAUUUUUGGAUGUCGAUCGAGAGAAUCAUUGAACUCAUGAAACGUUCCUUUUUACUAGCCUAAUAAUAAGUAUCGCCAAUUUUCGUUCGAAUACGUGAAGUUAACCAACAAGUAUUAUCAUUUAACUAGUUAAUUCUCAUUAAACUCUGUGCGCAUUUUCUUCCUUUUUUCUUUUUUUUUUUUUUUACAUCUUUUAUCAGCCUCGCCUGUUUUCGUUUUAUACAUACAUAUAUGUAUACAGUUGUAUGUACUCGAUAUAGCAAAGUAGAGAGAUUGUCGCAAGCAUCCAUCUGACGUUAUCCGUGUAAAGUGAAGCGUAAUAGAGGUUCGAAGGAUAGCACAGAUUACUUUUUCCCCCGAAGCUAUAUUUUUACUAUUAAAGAAAGGCAGAAAAGUAAGAACAUUGUUCUCGAUCCGAUCUCGUGUGUCAUCGUGCGUCGGUAGUGUACAAAAUGAUGAAUGUACUAGAGGUUGUAAACGAAAAA